AUGCUCUCUCGUUUACACUGGUGGACAUCGUCACGAAUAGUGGCAGCCCCGGUGCGACUCUUCAGCCAAACCCCCAUCGCCCCCGCAAAACCCCUCCCCCCACGGCUCAAGAUCAACGAUGCCGACGUAUCAAUAUCCUACCUAAAAGGCACCGGGCCUGGAGGACAGAAGAUUAACAAAACCAAUUCAGCCGUCCAACUCAUCCACAAACCCAGCGGGGUGGUAGUCAAAUGCCAAGCGACGCGCUCACAGUCGCAGAACGCAAAAAUUGCACGCUCGCUACUCGCCGAUAGAGUCGAAGCGCAAGAGAAGGGGGAUAAAAGCCGGGUCGCGAUUAAGGCCGCAGCGGCAAAGAAGAAGAAGGCUAGUAAGAUGAAGAAGACGAGGAGAAAGUAUCGAGAGCUUGGGGAAGCGGGCAAGGUGGAAGAAAUUGAUGAGGAGGAAGAGGAUGAAAUUGAGAUUAUGUGGGAUGAUGAUGUAAAGGAAGAGGGAGAAAAUAAAGAGAGUACACCAGACGUUGCAGAUGUGUCUAAACCCUCUGGAGAAUCCGGAAAAAAGACGGAGGCUACAUCGGGGGUUGGAAAUGAGUCUGAAUCCUCUGGAGAGUCUGGAAAGAGUACAUGA